GACGAUAAUGCGGCUCGCUUUACUGAUAGGCAGGAAGGUGCUCGACGUCUUUUUUUCGUUUCUUCUCGCGGCAGAUGCUCCAGAUGGGUGUGCCUGAUGUCGUGUUCCUGGAUGCCUGGCUCGCUGGGCGGUCAGCUUUUCGGGGAAUUUCCUGGUGCUCGCCCCCAGUGACUCCGAUUGCUUCUCGAAAGCCGGGCCUUGCGUGCCUUUUUCUUCUUGCUCCCCAAUAGCCGCUACCGGCCGGGCUUCUGACACCGUUCUGGCAGGUCAGAGACAGGGCACAGACUAGCAGUAGGUGAGAGGCAAAGGCGCCCCAGACAGGUGGAUGGAUCGGGUUGACAGGCAGAAAGAUGAUGGACGGAUGAAGCUUAAACAGAUGCUUUCGCCACCUGGUGGGAGUUGGAAGGAUGAGAACAUGAACAGAGAAAAGGAAGGGGGGCUGUAAUACCGGCAAGGGAAAAAAAAGAGUAAGCAGAAGGAUCGGUGCUCAACCACGGCUCUUUCAAAUGUCUCUGCCCCCCCUGGACGAAGCAUGAACAUGCAAUCAAGGCAAUCAGACGCCUCCUACUCAUGCCGAGCCUCGCAACUAACACAAUUGGAUGCUACGAAAUACCGAUACAUGUAUUUUUAGGCUGCGGGCUGUGGAGGACAAGGCAGCCCUGAAGGGUAUCACCCGGGUCCAGAGCCUCCCUGCCGUGCUCAGCAGCUGGAACUCGUAUCGCAGCGAGCAUCAGACCGCUGUAACGGCGAACGAUUUGUUGUGUCACUCUCAUUUGUCCAGGUGGUGACUCCAAGAAGAGAGUGAGCUGCAAUCUACCUGUACAAUCUCCAUGCUGCGAAUCUAUUUUAGACUGAGGCUCUCAUGCUUGACAAUGGCCAAGUGGGCAAUUCGUGCAAGGCUAGCUGGGGCCCUGGGUGCUCUGCGCCGUCUACUCAGAUUUUCUGCCAGGGCCAGAGAGCCUAGCGGCUGAUAAUGAUGACGAUGAUGAUGAUUGACAAUGGCGAGUGAGCAGCUCGUGUACGAGUCUCGACGGAGCUUCGUGCUACAUGGUCCUGCUCCUACCGUAGUGGCAGCUUCGUCUUACAUGCGCCCAGCCAGCCUUGGGUCCUCCCACAUGACGCCCUGCUUAAACCGCCGCACCGACGCACCGGAAACCGGCUGGAAGCCAGAAGCAUGCACAGAAGACGUGCCAGCAGGCUCUAGAAAAGUCUCAGCGAGCUGCCGUGUCAGUAAGCCCAUCAGCACCACGUCCCGUUUGCUGGCUAGUGGCGUCGUUGUGGAGCGUCGAGACAAGACAUGGAUCAGCAUCAACGCAUGGGCGUGACUCCAGAUGCUUCUGGCACCGGCUGAUAUCCACUUGUUGGCGCUCAAGCAAACGUCAUGCCAGCUAUA